AUGAGUGACGAUGAUUCCAAAACAGAAAAAAAACCGAUAGUAAUAAAAAAUGCUACUGAUUUACAAAGGUUAAAGCUUGAGAAACUCAUGAAAAAUCCUGACAAACCAGUAGUAAUUCCAGAUCCUCCAAAGUUGAAAUCGUUAGCUUCUGCACCAGACUUCGUUCGUAAUGUAAUGGGUUCAAGUGCAGGCGCUGGAUCGGGAGAAUUUCAUGUAUACCGUCAUUUGAGACGUAAAGAAUAUGCUCGGCAAAAGUUUAUUCAAGAGAAAAGUGAAAAGGAAAAACUUGAUGAAGAAUAUCAUAAGAAAAUAGAACAAAAUCGAAAAGAAGCUGAACAGAAAACAGCAAAAAAACGAGCGAAAAGACUAAAGAAAAAAAAAACUGCUAAACUAAAAUCAAAAAUACCUAAAACUGAUGAUAAAGAUAAAGUAUUAUCAGAGUCUGAAAGUAGCGAUGAAGAUAAUUUAGAAGAAAAUGAUAAAAAUAAAGAAAAGGAAAUAGAAUCAGAAGAAAAAAAGUUAUGA